UCCUACGUAAUGGCGCAUGCUCGGAAAGAUCAUGCGUUUGAGUGGGUGCGUGUAAUUUGUUUUCUCUUUUGAAUAUCGAAACAGCAAGAAUGGAUGAAGAAGAGAGAAAAAGCAAACUGGAAGCCGGGAAAGCUCAGCUUCUGAAGUUCCAGAAGAAGAGGGCCAAGGGAACUAAGAAGAAGAAACAAACAGUAAAAACGUCCGGAAAAGAAGAUGAACUUGGCGCCUUAGAGCCGGCAUCUGUGACUGAGGAUUCCUUGAGCGUGGCCACUCCAUUAUGUGGACCUGAUACGGGACAUCACACUCCUGGAAACGUGUCACCAUUACCGUUUGAUUCGGAGGUGAGCAUAGCCGCUGGAGCAAGAGAAAUAUUGGCUCAGCAGACAGACGACUUUGAAGACUUGCUGCAGGAGGCUGAACCGUCGUUAGUGUCUGGUAUCUCACAAUGUAGCUUAUCUCCUAGUAAAGGAACUCAUGAGCUGAUGACUGAGGGAACAAUGGAUCUCGGUGGCAUGCCAGACAACAAGACUGAUGGUGGUGACAGGUCGUGGGUCAAUCGACAGUUAAGUGAAUUACAGAGUGAGAACGACGAAUUGAGAUUGUCGCAACUACAACUAAUGGAGGGCAAGGACAGGGAGAUCGUCAAGCUUAAAGAACAGGUGGAGUUUCUUCGUAGUCAACGUGAUUCUGCUCAGGAACAGGGCAUGCAGAUUGCCAGACAGCAACUGCAGUCGCUUGAAUCAGAGUUGACAGAGAAAACUUCUCAACUUGAACUUCUGCAGACAGAAUUAGAUGAAUUAGGGCAACAGAAUAAGGCGCUAGUAGAACAAAAGGCAAGUGUAGGUGCUACAGGUGCAAGCUGGUUACAGCAAGCACUUGAUGAUUCUCAGCAACAACUGCGAGAAGCACAAGAAGAACUGACGCAAUCUUAUGAAACAAAUAAGAUGUUGCAAGCAAAAUGGGGAGAGCAACGGUCAGCACUUGAACUUACUUACUCACAACAAAUGCAGCAAUUACAAGUAGCUUACCAGUCCAAUCAGGAGCAACUUAAACAAGCUUUUGAAUCUCAGUUACAGCAAUUUCAAGCAAAACUAUUAACAGCAGAGUCACUUGAAACAGAAAUUUCUCGUGUGAAUGGUGAAUUAGCUCAAAUCAAGAACGAAAUGGCAUCUAAACUGUCUGAAAAAGAGAGAGAAAUGAGUCAGUGGUAUGAACGUCAAUUGGCUGAUUACAAGAUGGAAUUGGAUGAGUUGAGAGUGAGGAUGCAAGAUCAAAAUCCUGUUGCUGCAGUGCAACAAAGCAAGAUAGAGGCACUUCAGUUAAAGCACGUAGCUGAAGUGCAGGAGCUGAUAGUUAAACACAAUGGAGAGUUAGAAGAGGUAGAGAACAUGUGGAAAGAAAAGCUCGAGAAGGAAAAAGUGGAAUUGAAGUCUCAAUUAGACAUAGCAUAUGCUCAACAGAUGGAGCACUACAAAUCUAUGGUGGAACAAGAUGUAAACAAGAAAGUCCAAGAUUUGUGCGUUCAAUUUCAGCAGAAGCUUGCUGAUCUACAAAGUGAAAAUGAACAGUACAAAGAACAAUUGAUGGCUCAAACAGCCACAAACAAUCGUUUGAUUGAACAGAAUAAGACUCUGAGUGGCUCAGUCCAGGCAAUGAGUAAUGAGUAUACAGACAUGGAAGAGAAACUGCAAAUAACCAAAGAACAACUAAAUGAUAUAGAAUCAGAGAAAGAAGAACUGAAUGUUCGUUUCGGUGAACUGUCAGAAGAGAUGAAGGAUUUGUCAGAAUUGAGAAAGAGUUAUGAAAUGUUGGAAGAGAAAAGGACAAAGGACAGUGAUUUCAUGAAGAGUUUGGAGGAUCAACUGCAGGAUUUGGGUUAUCACAAGGAGAUGCUCCAAACAGAGCUGAAUGAUCUGAAGUCAACUUUUGAACUGGAGUGUGAAAAGGCAAGACAGAUUCCUAUGUUGGAAGAUGAGAUUGCUACAUUGAAGAAUGACAAAGAUGAUGCCAUGAAACAAAGCGUGUUGGUGAGACAGGAGUCGACUGAGAGACUGAAGAGUCUGAAGGAACAACAUAGUAGAGAGAUCGAUCAUCUAAGACAGACAAUGGAAAACCAAGAACAAGUUCAUGUUGAGAUGAAACGACGAGAAGAAGGUCAGAGGCGUGCUGAUCUGGAGCAAGUGAAAGAAGAAUAUAUGGCAAAAAUAGAGCAAGCGGUGGCAGCAAAAGAGACAGAAAUGCAAAGAGAAUUCAUUGAACAAAUGCAAGAGGUAAGAAAUGAAUUAGAAUGUCAGCACAGCAAAAAUAUUGAAAGUUGGAAACAAAGGUGUGAAACAGCUGAACAUCAAGCUACUAGUCUUCAAAACACUUCACAACAGGAACGACAAAUGGCUGAAGAAUUGGAGUCACCACAUCAAAAGUCAGAUUUACAGCGUCUUCAAGUAGAUUGUGAGGAGCUGGAAAAAGCUAGGGAGUUGUUGCUAAAACAGAAUGAGUGGCAGAAGAGGCAAAAUGAGACUUUGCAGCGAGACAAGGCUGAGUUAUCCCGAUCAAAUGAAAGGCUAAAAGAUGAAAAUCAAGACCUUUGUAGGCAACUACAGGAAAAAGAAGAGGAGAGCAGAGACUUUGCCAGAAAAAGAGCAGAUCUGGAAGGGCAGAGGGGACAUGAUGAUGACAUGAGAGAGUCUAUGAAUGAAAGGAUGAAGCAGAUUGAGGCAGAGAAGAGAAGGUUAAAUGAGCAGCUGUCCACUCAAAGGGAGGUUACUAAGAAAGUUGAAGGUGAACUAGAAGAAGUGAAACAAAUGUUGGGUGAAGAGAAAGCUGGGUAUGAUGAGAGUAUUAGGCAACUGAGAAAACAGCUGAUGGAGAAACGAGAAGAUGAGGAACAGCAGAGAGCAGGCAUUGAAUUGGAGCUCAGAGCUGAAUGGAACGAAUCUCAAAGACAAAAAGAGAUCAAACUGAAUACACUUGAAAGAGAAAACAGUGCUCUUCAGCAACUGUUGAGCGACACACAACUUCAGCUGAAAUUGUCACAAGAAGUAGUGGAGCAACUCAAAAGUGACCUGACAGAUGUAAAUUUGGUUAGGGCAGGGCUGGAACAGGAAACUGAGGAGCAGAAGAAAGCAUUGGAGGAUUUGCGCGAUGAACUGUUGACACACACUCAGGUAUCUGAAGAGUUGCAGAGGUCAUUUGGGAAAGAGCUGAUUUCUGUGAAGCAGCAGAGGGACUCAUUGCGAGAUAAGCUGGCAUCUCUUCAAGUAGAGAGCCAGACUUAUGCAUCGGUGGUGUUUGAAAAGGAACGUUUAGAGAAAGCGCUGAGUGAUUAUCGGGGACAGCUAUCUGUAAGGCAGCAGGAGCAUGAUUCAUUAGAGCAAGACUUAGCUCGAGAAAAAGCUGCUUUGCAGCUGCAACUGAUUGAGAAAGAGAAGCUUGAGCAACUGAUAAAUUCAAAGGUGUCUUUGGAGAAACAGCUGGGUGACCAGAAAGUGCAGUUAGAAUCUGAACUUCAAGCAAUAGAGAGAGAACUGCAAACAAAGAAUGAGGAAUUCGAAAGAGAUAAGGCAGCAUUUGGAAAAGCUCUUGAUGAGAAGGAGCACAGUGUGCAUAGCAUUAGAGAAGCCAUGAGAGAACAAGAGGAAGAAGCUAGUAGGCGGGAAAAUAGUAUCAAAGGUGAUCACCAGCUUGAACUGUCUGAACUGGAAAGAACGCUUGAUAGUCAACACCAACUGCACUUAUCUGAACUUGAGAAGAACUUAGAGGCUCAACGAGUAGCUGACUUAGAAUCAGCAGAGAAAGACUGGAGACAGUGCCAUGACCAGCAACUAGAUGAGCUCGAAAGAAAUCAUCAACACAAUGUAGAGGAAAUACAAUCUGAACAUCAGAGAAAGGUGGAUGAGCUGAAGGCCGAGUUGAAUUCCCAGAUGAUAUCCAGGGAGAAGUUGAUUCGAGAGGAGAUUGAUCAGCGACGAAUGCAAGAAAUAGCAACAGUCAAGGACGUUCAUGAAAGACAAACAGCUCGCUUGAUUGAGGAUAGGUUACUGCAACAGGCAGCUAGACAUCAACGAGAAAUAGAGAUGGUCAGGGAGGAGGCCAAAAAGGAAUUUAUGAAGAAAUUGGAAGAUGCUCGAACAGAAUUAGAACAUGCCCAUCAGACAGAGAUUGACAUUCUGACUGAAGGCUACAGUGAGGAUCAAACACAGCAAUUACACUUACUAAGAGAGCAGCUGCAGGAAAAAUAUCAGCGUCAGUUGACAGAGGUAACUGAACAACAACAACUUGAGUGGGGAGAGAGAGAAGAGAAACUUAGGAUACAAUAUGAAGGAGAAAGAAAGUUGAUGUCUCAGCAAGAGAGUUUACAGUGGGAGAAAACAGUGGAUGAAGUGAAAAAAAGAUACAGUGAGGAGAUCAGCAGGCUUGAACUAAGCAUAAGAGACAUGGCAGAUGAGCAUCAGAUGCAAUUUGAGGAACUGAAGCUUAAACAUGGAGAAGAAAAGACAGAGAUGUGUCAUUUGUUGCAAGAACAGCACAGUGAGGCGUUUGAAGAGUUGAAGAACUCUUUAGAAAAACGAUAUCAUGAGGAUUUAGAGUCCAAGGAAUCUGAAAUGACACUGAAAUGUCAACUGGAGACAGAGACUUUGAGGGUAAAACUGAAUGAUGAACACAAUGAAGAAAUGCGUAAUAUGAGGCAUGAAUGCGAAGAGCAGAAGCAGCUUGCAAUUGAAGAGCUGCAAACUGACAUGGAAAACAAGAUGCUGAAGGAAAUAAAAGCUCUUCAGGAAAUGCACUUGCAAGAUGUAGAGACACAACAGGUCAGGCAUGACGAAGAGCUGAGGCAAAAAACAGAAAAGUUUAGUGAGCUACUGAAGAAGGAGAAGGAGAAAUUUACUUCUGCCCAACAUCAAUUUGAGUCUCAGCAGAGGCAAGCUGGUGAAGACACAACUUUGGAGGUCGAUCAACUCCAAUCACGGUUGUUGGAGUUGGAAAGGAAACACAAACAGGAGAAAGAGGACAUUAAACACUUGCAUGCUGAUGAACUAACUCAAAUGGAGGAGAAAUUUACUGAGAAGAUUGCUAAACUUCACACUUCCGUGGAGAGUAGGAUUGCAAAUGAGAAGUCCAGACACAUUGACGAGCUUCAAGAGAGUGUGUCUGAGACAGAAGCUCGUUACCAACAUCUAAAGCUACAAUUGGAGAGUGAGUUUGAAGAAUCAAAAAUGAUGUUGAUGAAACAGCACAGUGGUGAACUAUUGUCACUGGAGAUGAGGCUGAGACAGGAGUCUCAAGUGCAAUUGGAUGAAAUGAAAUCGAGAUUGGCAAAUGAGCACAGACAGACAAUACAGGAGAUGGAGAGUCAGUUUGAGAAGGAAAUGGAAGCAAUGAGAGUAGGUCAAGAUCAAGAAUGGAAGAGACUGAAGGAAGAAUUGGAGAACCAGCAUAAGCAAACUGUUGAAAAAAGAUUGAAUGAAAUGACUCAGUUACAUCAGUGUGAUCUUGCUUCACUUAGAGAGCAGGCUGAUGAAGAGAAGCAAAAAGUCAUUGAUGAAACAAAUGACCGUGUAGCAUCAGUUGUAUCUCAGCUAACAAUGUCUCAUGCUUUGGAAUUUGAGCAGAUGAAAUCACAGCAUUCAUGUGAGACACAAGGUAUGCAGACAGAGCUUCAGUCAGAAUUUGAUUCAAGACUUGCUUUGCUAGAAACAGAUCUAAGACAGAAAACUGAAAAUAGUAUCUUGCAACUUGAAGUUGAACUGAAAGGCAUAACACAACGUCUAAGUGAAACUGAAAUAUCUUUGCAUACUGAGACUGAAGAGAAAGCUCAUAUGAAGGAGCUGUUUGAUGAAACUUUGAGUGAAAUGGAAAGAGAAAAUGAUAUACUGAAAGCAAGACUAGAAGAACAGAAAGAUGUUUUGAAAAGUGAAUAUAACUUGAAACUGCAGGAAUCUGAGGAGAUGGUGAAGGAGGCUGAGAAAAAUGCUUAUCACAAGUUGCAUGAAGAGCAAGAGGCAGAGACACAGAGAUUGCUUCAAGAACAGAAGAAUGAGCUGUCUUCACUUCACAUGGAAAAGUUCAAAGCUGUGACUGAUCAGCUGGUAAAAGAGCAAGAACAAGAACUGGAGAAAGUUCGCCUUGAAUGUGAGAGACAAAUGCUAGAGGAGUUGAAUCGAGUUCGUUUGGAGAGUGAAAGAGGGAGGCUGCAAGAGCUUGAAAAAGUUCACAUAGAACACAUAAGAGAAAAGGAAGAUGCACUCGAAAAACAGCAGCAGAGAGAAGAAAUUAAGGUAGUGCAAAUGGAAGAGAGUCUUACUCAGCAAUUCCAAGAAGAAAAGCAAGCUCUAGAGGCUGAGUUUAGCCAUCAGUUUGAAAUCGAAAAACAAGCUUUUUCUGAAACAAAUGAAAAUCUUGCAGCUGAACUGGAUAAGCAAGCAAUUGAAUUUGAACAGCAGAAGAGAAUAGAAAUGGAGAUGUUAAAACAAAAGCUUGAAGAGAGUCAUGCUCAGGAUCUAGCUACCAUUCGUGAGGAAUGGGACAGGGAGGCUCAACAGAUGGUAGACAAGAAAUCGUUUGAGUUACACUCGCAACACAGAGGGCAGAUUGAUAAACUGCUAAGUGAGUUUGAACGGGAUCUUCAGCAGGCUAAAGCUGAGACUGAUGACAAGUAUGAACAGAGACUGAGUCAUUUACGUGAGGAAAGAGAGCAAACUGAGCUGUCGAAGAUUGCUACUGUUGAAGAGAAAAUGAAAGCAGAGAUAUUCCUUUUGCAGAACAAGAUUCAGGAAAAGCAGACGGAGUUGGAGGUGAGAGUGUCAAGAUAUGCCAAUGAGAAAGCCGAAUGGGAGUUGAGUAAACAGAGAGAGCUAGGUGUGCUGGAAAAUCAGUUGAGAAGUCAGUUGAGAGAAGAGCAGACACGGCUAGAUGUUGCUUUUGAUGAGAAGCAGAAGUUGGAACAUCAAAUACAAAAUAUGAUGAAAGUCUCACAGGCUGAAAAGCAACAGCUGAUGGUGAAACUAGAAGGCUGUGUAUCUAGAAUUGAAGAGUUGGAAUCAGAGGUGACUGAAUUGAAGAGACAAUCAGUUGAUGCUCACAGUGAACUUGAGGAAAACACAGAAUACUAUGAAAAGCGUCUUAUGGAGAAAGAGAGAGAACGAGAAACUUACAUUAAUCGUGCACUGCUUGUGGAAGAAGACAACAACUGUCUUAACAACACAGGCGAACGGCUGAGAGCAGCAAAUCAACAACUUGUAGAUACACUUUCUCAUCAAGUAGCUGUUGCUCUUGAACUGGAGCAGGUGAUCAACAACAGCAUUGAUUUAUUGCUUGCACAUGAGGAAUCUACUGCUCUUAGUGUUCAUGUCGAUAGACCACACUUAGAUGGCAGCAGUGAAGCUGGAGAGAGUCUUUCUGAUGACAGUGUUAGUAGUAUAGAUGAGUCUUUAGUAUUGCAAUCUACAGUUGUUGCUGAUGGUGUUGCUGCCACAGCCACGCCUGCCUUUUCUAGUACUCAGACAAGUCCAAUUGAAGCCAACAGCUCUCAGAAAAGACCAUUUUCUUUGACAGCAUCAGCACAGACAGAUGAAGGAGUGUGUGACAACUCACGUUUAAGUCUUAGUGCUAUCAGUGAUUCUUUUCUUGUCAGCACAGUGACUGAAGCCGAUAGAACUCUGUUGGAUUCCACUGUUGCUGAGUCAAUCAGUGAGAUCACUCGUGUUACUGAUAUUAGAGUCAGCGAAGCUGCUGACGUUGUUGCCAGACUUCAAGCAUCUGUCAAGCGGUUAAUUGACGUUGUGACACAAGUGAAAGUCAAACUGGAAGAUGUCAGUAAAACAGUGACAAAGCCUAGUGCAGAGAAAGCCACAGUUGUUGCUUCACAUGAGCAAGAUAUAACAACACUGAUAGCAGAGAAUGCAAAGCUUUUGGAUGAAAUAAAAGCUUACCAAUGUGAGAGCACAAGUCAUUGCAUUGAAUUGGGUGAGAUGAGAGCUGAAGUUCAACGUAUUGUAGCUGAGAAUGAGAAUAUGUUCAAUAAGUGUCAACAAACUGAACAUGAUAGAAAUGUUGCUGAAGAAGAAAGAGAUCAGGCUCAGGGUCUUCUUCAUCAAGUGGAAGAAGUGCGUCGACAACUAACUAGUGAAAUGGAAUGCUUGGUCAAAAAGUCAAAAAUGGUAGAAUUGAAGCAACAGCAGUUGGAUGAAGAAAGGCAGUCUCUUAUGGACAGAGUGGCUGAAUUAGAAGAAGAGAUCAGUGCAGUGAAGCAGCAAAAUGACGUUCUUUGUAACCGUCUUGCAGUGAUGGAGAAUGAGGAGCAUGAAAGAGAGACGCCAUCUGAUAGGCUUCACAUGGAGCAAGAACUGGAAGAGAAAGAGCUUAUUAUUUCUCAACUUCAGCAAAGCCAGACUGAACUGACUGGAACCAUUGAACGGCUGAGUGUUCGUUGUGAAGAAGAGUGUCAUGCUGCUCGUUCUGUGCAGUCCAAACUUGAUGAAGUUGAGACCUACGCAGCUGAGCUUGAGGUUGGAAAGGCUUCACUUGAAAAGAAAUUGGCAGAUCUACAGACAGAAGACUAUGGACAACUUAGAAGUGAGCUGAAGAGAUUGCAGCAACAAUUUGACUGUGUAGGGAUGACCAUAGCAACUCUGGAACACGAUAAGCAACAAUUAGAGCAGCAGUUGGUAACAAAAGAGGAACAACUACGUGAAAUGGUGACACAGAAGCAGAACGAGGAGUUAGUUGUGAAGGAAAAUGAUCAAACAACAAAAGCUGAAUUGGAGGUUAGAGAACUGCGAGUGCAACUUAGAAACACUGAAAGAGACAGAGAUGAAGCAUACCGACUGCUAGAGGGGCAGAAAAGUGGCAAACUGUCUUUUGAAGAAAUUGUUGGUAUGGUCAAGAUACAUAGUUUGACAUCUCGAGUAUCUCCAACUGAAGACCAGGACUUUACUGAAGAAGGUGUGAGUAAAAAGGCAGAGCAGUGGCAAGAACAAAGUCCCUGGCAAGACAAUUCGAGACUCAAAGAAGAAAACAGUCAGUUGAAAUUGGAGAUUGAAAGGCUACAAGAUCACUUGAAACAGAUUUUAGCUGAAAAAGCUCGACUUGAGUAUGAGCAACCAAGGCAGCUAAGGUUGCUUGAACUUCAAGUGCAGGCUAAGAGUGUGGGAGUGCUGAGGGAAAGACAGCGAUGGCAAAGAGAAAUAGUGAAGUCUAAGAAACUGCAACAACCGGUAAUUGAUGCAAUGUUAGAGUCACACAAAAUUGAUGAGACUACUGAAGAAUACUUGACAAGAGCUAUAGCAAACCUAGAUGAAGAAAGGAUAACAGUACAGAGGGCAUUGCCUGCAGACAUUGCUGAAGAAUUCUUAGAAGAAGAUCUGGAUGCUAAGAACAGAGAAGUAGAUGAGUUAAAAGAGGAGCAGCAGCAACAAAUGCAGGUGAUAAUUAGUGACUAUGAGCGACAGAUUGGAGAGAAAGAUGAAUCGGUGAGAGAAUUAGAGGCAGAGAAGACAAUUCUGUCCAAUGAAUUAGAGCAGACACAAACUAAACUUCAAGAGUUGAAGUCACAGCUGGUGAAUCAAAUAGGAAGACAAACCAUGGAGUCAAAUCAAGACUUUUCCAUUGCUGUAACAAAUGAAAAUAAUAGACUGAAAGACCAGUUGGAGACAGUUGAGGAACAGCUAGUUGUGACUCAACAGCAACUUGCACUAAAAGAAAAUGAAGUAAUUGACCUGGAACGAAGAGAAAGGGAGGUGAAAGAGCAGUUGGAAGACAAGCAGCAUGUUGCUGAAGGUCUGUCUGCUACUGUAGAUCAGCUGGAUUUGGCUCUAGUUGAGAAAAACUUUCUUGUAAGUGAAAAGGAAGAACAUCUACGAGUUUGGGCAUCUCGUGAGAUUGUGUAUCAGAGACAGAUUGCUUUGCUGACAGAGAAACAAGCAGCACCGGUUCUAAUUACUUCAGAUGUUGGUGUAAUGACAGAAUGGAAUGAUCAUGGUGAGAAGACAAGAAUGGGCGAGCAGCUGACUGAGCUGGAACGUUUAUUAGGAGAGGCAAGGCUUCAUGCUACAGAGUUGGAACAACAGGUACACGAAUCAGUUGAGAAAUGUACAUUGGCAGAACAGCGUGCUGAGCAGAUGGAGAGCCAAGUUAAACUGGUUUUGGCAGAAAGCGACUUGUUGAGGGAGAAUGUUGAAGAAUUGAGGCAGAGCCAGGCAAGACAAGAGGAUACAGAAGCAGUCAAGGAGGAAUUGGAAGAACUCUAUUCUAAGCUUUCAGUAGCUGAAGAACGUCUCUUGGAACAAGAAAGCGAGCACAGUGACGAAGUGGAAAUUCUCAACGCCAACUUAGCUGAGAAAAGUCGUAUCAUCGCUCAGCUACAUAGCAGAGUCAAACAACUUAUUGCUGCUAUUGAAAGGAGAAGUGUUGAGUUGAGGCAGGCAGAACAGCAAAUCUCUGACUUCAAAACAAGGGCAGAAACACUAGAGCAGCGCCUACAUUCGGUGACAAGAGAGUCAUCCUCUUCACAGACUGAUCCAGAUAUGAUUCAAGAUGAAGGUGAGAACACGUACGAGAGUGAUAGCAUGCUGGAAAGAUGUAGAAAGCAAGUGUCUCGUUGUGAACGCUUGGAUGGUUAUCUUGUGGAACUGCUAAGUCUUGCUAAUUGGAGUAAAGCCACCGAUACUUCAGGAAGUGAACAACAGCAGAGUGAAGAAAUUGGACACGCUUUAGAGAGGCUUCAUACGACUGCAGUAGACUUGCUGGGUUUGUCAGAGGCACAAAAAGAUAGAGUGAAGGCUGAUCAGUCGUCGCUUGAAAAUGAAAUCCAUCAAGUGUACAAACUUCUUCAAACUGUUCGAUCAGAAGCUUACGCACAUACGGCACAAGUGCUUCGUGAUAUUCAGGCGACGUGGCAGCGCAGUCGAAACAACCUUAGUGAAGACGGUCGAGAGGUUAUUGAUACAGUACAGAAGGCGUUGCAACUUGACCGGUCUCAUUCAUUGCAAAGUGUUGCUGAAAUGACGGCUGCAGUGGAUGCAAUGAGAGACAUGCUGACAAAUACGUCUGACAGUAUGGACGGCAAAGCAGAGAGAAGAAUUGGUGCAUUUCAAGCGCAGCUGCAUGAGCAGCAGCAAGCUGCAGAGGCAGUCAGGUCUGCGUUAAAAGCGGAGCAGAUAAAGACAGAAGCUCUUGAAAGAGAUUGUCAACAGAAGGAGAAAGUGUUGAAUGAAAUGAGAAAGGAACUUGAAAUGAAGCAAACGUCUGUGGAAGCAAUGCAAUCUACUCUUAGAGAAGAGAAAGAGCGGUGUGAUCAUUGGCAACGUGAAGUGGCAAAUGAACAAGAGAGACUGCACGACGUUUCUGUAGCUUUACAAAGGGAGUGUGAGGCGAACGGGCAGUUGACUGCUUUGUUAGCUACUGAACGGUCAAUGAAGACAACGGCAGAGGCAGAUCUUCAGUUCCAGAAAGCUGAAACGGACCAGACGGCAUCUAAGUUGAGUGAAUCAAACGAAAUGGUGAAGAGAUUGAAAAAACGAUUGCAUGGAGCAAAACAAGAAAGCGACAGACAACUGAGUGACUCUAAUGGCGUCGUUGAAAGGAUGAAACACAAAUUAAAGGAAUUGGCGAGUGCCAAAGGUGAAUUAGAAAGAAGAAGUAACCGACAACAGUCGGAGCUUGGAGAAACACAAGAAAGAGUGCGAGAGUUGAUGGAAGACCUAGACAAAAGGCGUGAGAACAUCCGACGCCUCGAGGCUGAGCUUCAAGAAAUAAAGGACACCGUGAGUGAGAUGAAACGCUUGGAGAAACAAGGCAGUGCUGAAAGACAAGAAGAGAGGCAAGCAGAUGUCGCUAGAGAGUUGGAGCGUGAAGAACGAGAGCGAUUGAAAGAAGAAGAAAGAGAAAUGGAACGAGCCAUGGAACGAACACGAGAAAGACAGAGAGAAGUGGAACGCGAAAGGGAAGCUGAAAGGGAAGAGCAAAGACGCACAGAAAAACAAUCAGAGACGCAAAUGAGACAGCAAGAGAAGUCGGAAUGGCUGAAACGAGAAGCUGAGUUGUCCCAGAAACUUCUUGACUUAGAACAUCGUUUCAAAAAGAAGAGCUCACCCGUUGCGGAUGAAGCAACUCGGCGGGUGUUGCUAGACAUGCGGGGUACAAUUCAGAAACUUACCAAAGAGAAGGCUGAACUUAGACAAACUUUGUUGACGUUGGAGGAGGCCGUUGAUUCGUACAGGAGAAGGGAGAACGAAAGAGUGGAAGUGGAGAUGGAUGAAAGGGAAAUUGCAUGGGGGAGAGAUAAAGCAGAGCUCGAGCUUGCGGUGAAAACCAAAGAGGAAGACAGAAAAUGGUGGAAAGAGGAAACAAUUAACAGUUAUAAAGAAGCUCGUUGUUACUAUGAUUUCUUUAUUCGCUCUGAAGGAUUCCGCAAAUCACUCGCAUUUCAGAAGCGAUUUCUUCUCGUCCGUCUCGGUGGCUUUCAGGAUUGUGAACGAGCUGCUCUUUCUCUUCUGUCGGACGUGAGUACUGUUGGCGAUACCAAUCGCCGCCAACGGUUUCGGCAUCCAGGAUUUAGGCUGAGAAAAGCGAUUGUUGCUGUGGUUGCAGUCACUCGUCUUCGUCUCCUAGCUGGCAAAUGGAGUCACUUUGGAUAUCCGGAGUCAAAAGAAAUACUUCGGCAACAUCCUGCUUAUAGACCUGGACGAGGGCGAAGAAUGACAGAUGAUGUUCUAGGGACCAAGGCGACUAGCGCUGAUACAGGGUUCUCACACUCUUCCCGUACUCCUGGGAGUACCAGUACACGUGCUGGUCAUAUGUCACGCCUUCGUCAUUAUCCGGUGGUAUUUCAGCCACCUGAAAGAGGAAUUCAAGACUCAUUGCCAUUUUUGACAACUGCAUCUGCCACCACAGAUGCUCGUAGAGCAUCAAGUGACCCAUCUCGGGAUGUACGUUGUGAUUCUGCUACCAAGUCAUUGAACACGUGGAAUGGUGAUAGACAAGAUCAAGAUGGGUCGCAGCAGCAAAGGCAGCAUUUAGCCGUACAAUCUGAUUCUGCCCUGGAAGCUUACAUCCAGAGGUUGGAUGAUCUGAGGGAUAGAAUAUCGUCUAGAACUAGAGGUCAUGGUAACAAGUAUUACUGAUGGCUGUGAAGAGUGAUCUUAUUUUCGUAUAUCUAUUCAAACUUCUCAUUAACGCGUGGCGCUUAGUAGUGUAUGCGAUCUGCAAUAGCUGCUUUACUGACCUCAUUACAAACUGAGUGCAUAGAUGUAAAUUUAUGCUAUGCAUGCAUAUGAAAACUGCAGUACGUUUAGUGGUGCUGAAUAAGUCACAAAUCCGUAAGAGCUAUUCAUCUGGAGGCUUGUAAUACAAUUAUGCAAUCUAUCUAA